CGUCAUGCUUUCAUAGAAAUUUAUACGUAGUUAACUACAGGUGUUUGUAGAUUGUUGUUUGAAUGUUAUAAAUGUGUCUGUAUUCUGCAAGCAGUGUCACGGUUAUCACAGUUUUUUUUAGACUUUUUUAACGUCGAUAUUCGUGCCCCGUUUUACGUUUUUCACGUUUUACUGGCUACUGUCGCUUUGGCCGAAAAUCUAAAACGUGUUCACGGUCACAUCACGCCGAUUGCCAGAAAUAUUUUUAUAAUAUUGAACAUUUUUUGGGGCGGACGUCUACGAUGGACAACGAGAGAACGUACCAAGUACCUACCUUGUUGAAAACUGCGUAUUACGCUUGCAGCCAGAUGGACCGUGAAAGGUUCAACUUGCUGGAUGUGCCGGACGUCGAUUUGCGAUAUUGUUGCGAGUCGCUGUUCGAAUUAUUAAAAAUCGAAAAAACCCAAUACGAUGGCAGCGAUAGGCACACCAUGUACAGCAGGUCGCUGUUCGCCUCCGACGACGAGAGGUUUGAAAACAUAUGCGAGGAGGCGGUGUCGCACGGGCACAUAAAUUGCCUGAAAUUCGCUCGCGAAAUCGGCGUCCAUUGGGACGUCAUGUCCACAGGGAACGAUAAGUCGUGCGACCGGGCUGCGAGAUCGGGAAAUCUGGAGGGUCUUAAGUACGCUAGGGAAAAUGGGUGCCUUUGGGACGAGCGGACGUGUAGCAACGCGGCGAUGAACGGUCACAUGGACUGCCUAGUUUACGCCCAGGAAAACGGAUGCCCUUGGGACGAGCAGACGUGCAGCAAGGCCGCGAAGAACGGUCACAUGGACUGCCUAGUUUAUGCCCGGGAAAACGGAUGCCCGUGGGACCAGUCGACAUGUUACAACGCCGCGUUAGGUGGACAUUUGAACUGCCUAGUUUACGCCCGGGAAAACGGAUGCCUGUGGGACCAGUCGACAUGUUACAACGCCGCGUUAGGUGGACAUUUGAACUGCCUAGUUUACGCCCGGGAAAACGGAUGCCCGUGGGACCAGACGACAUGUUACAACGCCGCGUUAGGUGGACAUUUGAACUGCCUGGUUUUCGCCCGGGAAAACGGAUGCCCUUGGGGUGAGUGGACGUGCAGCAAAGCCGCGGGGAACGGUCACAAGGACUGCCUAGUUUACGCCCGGGAAAAGAGAUGCUCGUGGGACCAGUCGAGAUUUUACAACGCCUCAGCAUCUGGUGGACAUUUGGACUGCUUCGUUUACGCCCGGGAAAACGGAUGCCCUUGGGACAAGUGGACGUGCAGCCGCGCCGCGUACAGUGGUCACAUGGACUGCCUGGUUUACGCGAGAGAAAACAGUAACCUCUGGAAUAGGCAGACGUGGCUCGGUUACAAGGACUGCCUAGAUUACCCAAUAAGAAGUGGGUGGCCGUUUGUAAACAUAUGCCAGGAGGCGGUGUCGCACGGGCACAUAAAUUGCCUGAAACUCGCUCGCGAAAUCGGCGUCCAUUGGGACGUAAUGUCCACAGGGAGCGAUAAGCCGUGCGACCGGGCUGCGAGAUCGGGGUAUCUGGAGUGUCUAAAGUACGCCCGGGAAAACCAGUGCCUUUGGGACGAGCGGACGUGCAGCAAUGCCGCGGAGAACGGCCACAUGGACUGCCUAGUUUACGCCCGGGAAAACGGAUGCCCUUGGGACAAGCAGACGUGCAGCAAGGCCGCGAAGAACGGUCACAUGGACUGCCUAGUUUACGCCCGGGAAAACGGAUGCCCUUGGGACAAGCGGACGUGCAGCAAUGCCGCGGAGAACGGCCACAUGGACUGCCUAGUUUACGCCCGGGAAAACGGAUGCCCUUGGGACAAGCAGACGUGCAGCAAGGCCGCGAAGAACGGUCACAUGAACUGCCUAGUUUACGCCCGGGAAAACGGAUGCCCGUGGGACCAGUCGACAUGUUACAACGCCGCAUCAGGUGGACAUUUAGACUGCCUGGUUUAUGCCCGGGAAAACGGAUGCCCGUGGAACGAGAGUACGUGCAGCUUCGCUGCGUACGGUGGUCACAUGAACUGCUUGGUUUACGCGAGGGAAAACGGGUGCCCUUGGGACGAGAAGACGUGCAGCCAUGCAGCGAUUAAUGGUCAUAAGGACUGCCUGGUUUACGCGACGGAAAACGGAUGCGUUUGUGACUGGAAGGCGUGCAUGGUGACCGCUAAGUUGCAUGGUCACAAGGACUGCGCAGAUUACGCACUCGAAAACGGGUGCCUGUAUGAACGUACGUCCCCACAUGAGCGUGGAAGGGCGUGGAAUGGCAGGGGCAAAGCGGGCUAUGGCCCCUACCCAAAAUUUUAUUAAGCCCCCCAGAAAUUUGUUUAGCCCCUUGUGUAAAAGUUUACUGUUUUUUACGUCCAUAUGUGACAACUGAAAACAUUUUCCAUUAUUUAUUUUGAUGUCCGAAGAAUAUUUUGUUUGAUAAUUUAAAUUUUAAAUAAAUAUGCUAAUUAUAUGAAGAAUUGUAUUGAUAACGAUGAUUUUGACAUAAAUUCUAUUAUUGUAUCAGAAAUUAACAAAAACAUUUUUCCAAAUUUAUAUGAGCUUUUACAAGUAGCACUUACAAUUCCAGUAAGUUCUGCUUCUUGUGAAAGAUCAUUUUCAGUAAUGCGGUGAAUAAAAACAUGGCUAAGAAAUUCUAUGAUAGUAACGAUAAAUUUUCAAAUCUAUAGCUUAUUAUUUUUUCUACGCUAAGUCAGUAAAUUAACAUACAAUUUGUAAAUCAUAAACUGUUGUGUUUAAAUACAAUAAUGCAAUUAUAUUAUUAAGUUUGUAAUUUUAUA